AUGUACGGUAUCAGUAGGAGCGAGACCGACUCGGACUCGUCGGGAAAUGACAAGAAGGAGAAGGAAGUCGUCAAUGUCCUCGAACCGGUCGCUUCCACGCGCGUUGCACGCAUUUACGAGGACCCAAAUGCAUUGGCUCAGCCUGAAGACACACACGUUGGAGAGUUCGGCACAAAACGUGACCUGAAAGCUCGCCAUGUUUCCAUGAUUGCACUCGCCGGUACAAUAGGGACUGGUCUGUUUCUUGGCUCCGGCUCAGCGCUGGCCAAUGGCGGUCCGGUCGGCUUCUUCCUGGGUUAUACAAUUGUCGGAUGUUUAGUCGGCAUGAUGAUGUACUGCCUGGGUGAGAUGACCGUCUUCGCCCCCAACAUUGGUGGAUUUAUCGAAAUGGGCAACAAAUACCUUUCGCCUGAGAUGGGAUUUGCAAUGGGAUGCAAUUAUAUCCUUCUCACGGGCUUCACUGUCCCAACAGAGAUCACUGCGAUUGGUCUUAUGAUUGGGUUUUGGGAUGAAUCUUCAUCACACUUGGGCAUAUACAUCGCCAUCUUCCUGGUAGUCUGUGUUGCCACCAACUUCCUCGGUGUCAAGUGGUAUGGUGAGGUCGAGUUCUUCUUCGCCUGCCUGAAGAUCGCUCUCCUGGUCGCCCUGAUCAUCUUUGGCAUUGUGGCCAAUACAGGGGGCAUCAAUGGAGUCUACACCGGUGGGAAGUACUGGCGGGAAGAGCCCUGGAACGACGACUUCGGCGGCAUAACUCCCGUGAACACCGCACGGUUCCUCGGCUUCUGGAAAGUGCUCACUCAGGCAGCCUUUGCCUAUGGUGGCGUCGAGUCCAUCGGAGUCAUUGCUGGAGAGGCACACAACCCACGGAAGACAAUGAAGUCAGCAACCAAGACCGUCUUCUACCGCAUUGUCGGUCUGUAUGUCACCGCGGUCAUCAUCAUUGGCCUCAACGUCUCCCAGAACUCCCCCGAGCUCCUCAGCGCUGUCAGCUCGGGCGGACACACCGCAGCAAGCUCGCCGUUCGUCGUCAUCUGCCAGCAAACCGGGGUCAAGGUAAUGCCUAGCGUUAUCAACGCUAUUGUGAUGACGAGUGCCCUCAGCAGCGGGAAUGAGAACGCUUACGGUCUUUCCCGCACGUUGAUGGCGUUGGCUCGUCAGCGCUCGAUGCCUUCCGUCUUCCUCAAGACUAGCCGCGUCGGCACCCCGUAUGUCGGUGUCAUAGUCGCCUUUUGCUUCGGUCUCUUGGCGUUUCUAUCCGUCUCCAACGGCUCGAGCCAAGCCUUCACCUGGCUAUCGAAUCUGUCCGCCCUGUCGUCGCUCAUUGCCUGGACCUGCAUCUGCUGCUGCUACGUGCGCUUCAAGGGUGCCCUCGAUGCCCAGGGUAUCGACCGCCGCAAUCUCUCUCUCCGAGGAUGGGCUCAGCCUUACAUGGCGUACAUCUGUAUCUUCUUCUUCGUCCUUAUCAUCUUUUUUAAUGGCUUUGCCUCCUUCCUCGGAGGUUUCAGCGUGGCAGACUUCUUUGCCAGUUACAUCACCAUCCCUGUCUUCGCCGUCGCCUGGCUUGGCUUCCGCCUCUACAGCGCAAAGGUUGGGAACCCUUCGGGUCUGACGCCACUCGACCAGAUAGACCUCAGCCGUGGACCUGCUGCGGCACUGAAGGAUACGAAGUAUGACCUCGGUGCCAGGGGUCCUAUGACAUCGAGCAAUUAA